UUGGUUGAAUCAAAUAAGCCCGUCCUAUUACCACCCUUUAUGCAAAAGGAAUUGAGCUCAUCGUAUGGAGCCAAUUACCACCCACUUACUGAUAAGGGUUCAAUUAAUGUUGCCAAUGCUAAGUCAACACAGUCAUCCUGUGUUUCUGUUCAAUCAGCAGGUUCACUGAUAAUACCCUCGAAAGCAUUUUCUUGCAACCAAUUUCGACCCACUUUGACAUCCGUUACUGAUAUUACUGGUACACUGGCCAACUCUUCAAAUACCUCACUUCCUACCAUUGUUACAAGCAAACUUGCCAACACUGCUGGCUUUGCGCCACUGGGUCCUGAAGCUUGUCUGCCACCGAUAUCGCAUGCAGAGACAAAUGAUGCCCUAUUGCAUCGAAAGUAUUAUAGCCAGUAUAACUGUGCCGCAUCGCCUAAAUCUUCUUCAAAUUCUUUAUCGUCUGAAUUGAUUGACUUGGAUGGAAUCAAAAAUCUCAAUCCUACUCUUUCUAAAGACACUACCAAAGUUCAGAGCCUAGUAGCUCCGCGACGAGAUUAUUCAAUAGAUCUUACUUGUGCAUCUGAUGAUGCUAAAGAAUUAAGUCAUAAUGAAAGCAGUGACACCAAAAUUAAAGCUAUAAGAAAAGAAGAUGAUGCUUCUUGUUAUUCACCAGGCCAGUUUGGGAAAAUGUGUGUGAGACAGAAUACCGAUAAUAUCGUCAAAGUCUCCAUGUCCCUUAGUGAUUGCAGUCGCAAAUCUCUCCUCGAUAGAAUCCGCGAAUUGGGUUCAUCUUACGUCAAAUCCACUAACUACCGUUGCUCUCUUUGUCAGGAUCAGGUACCAUCAUUUUGGGCCGCUCAUUUAUUGCAUAUAGCACACUACCAUUCUCAAGAUUGUCUGGAUUCAGUGAUUGAUUCAAAUAUCAGGCUUCCCUUCUGUUGCCAGUAUUGCGGUGAAUGCUUUUGGCUGAGAUCGGACCUUGCUGUCCAUGCCCCUGUUUUUUGUCAAUACUGUCCUGCUGCUUCGCAGCCCUUGUGUUCAAAUACCUUUUAUUUGCACAUGCUAAUUAAUCAUCUUGUAAGUCAAUAG